AUGUCGCUUUUCAUGCCGACUUCGAAUACUACGAACACAGGGAUCAAGAUCGUAACCCUUUCUCAGGCACUUGGCCUGACCGCAGUCAUCAACAUCUUUUCUCCCGAGGGCAAAUUGCUAGGUUUGCUUAGCGCAACCGAAGUGACUGCCUUUCGCACUGCCCUUGCGGUUAUGACCCUGUUUGUUCGUUGCAAUUCCCUGAAAAAGGAGAACAUUGUAAUCUUUGGCUCUGGAAGACAGGCCGAGUGGCACGCGCGGCUUGCGCUUCUCCUGGUCCCGGACCAAGUCCGCAGCAUUACGCUUAUCAACCGGGGCCGUAAGAGGCUGGAAGAGAUGAAAGAUAUUAUUGCAGAGCUGCAAUCCGCUCAUCCUGGUGUUGCAUUUACAACACUCGCGAAAGAGGAUACGCCAGACUACCAGGAACAACUGCAAGCUGCAUUAGCAGCCUGCGACGUUAUCUUUAGCUGUACACCUUCCACGGAGCCUAAUUUUCCCUAUUCCUACCUCCAGCCAUUUAAGCAGCGAUUUAUCUCUCUCAUUGGUUCGUACAAGCCUCAUAUGAAAGAGAUUGAUACGGAAACUCUUUUUUCUGGUGGGAACCAGAUCUACGUCGACUCGAAGGAGGCAUGCCUGGAAGAGUCGGGCGAGCUGAUCGAUGCGCACGUAAAGGAAGACCAGUUGAUUGAGAUUGGAGAACUGUAUGGGAAGCUCGGGAAAUCCGAGCCGAUCCCUGUCUCAGACACGCAUAACGUGGUAUUCAAAUGUGUGGGCAUGGGAAUCAUGGAUCUCACCAUCGGAAAGACCCUAUUGGAUCUUGGUAAAGAACAGGGAUUGGGAAUGGAGGUCGAUGAAGAUGCCGUUCAGUUGUACGGAUACUCCGUACAAUGGUUUAUUUCAAUACUAGGCUUGGUUGGUAUUGGAUACAAUACCAAGUCCCCCAGAUUCGGUGAUCCUCUCAUGCGGGGCGGUUGGUCUACCGACACCAGCUGGACUCGGUCAGCAGAAACGACCCCGCGUCUCCGAAGAAAACCGCAAACGAGCCGUUCGAGCGUAAGUGGCUGUCGCACAUGUUUGCGUUAUCGCCGCCAAUGCGUAUUCACACACCCCGACCAUGCGGAGAAGGUCGCUCGGUCCUCGUCGAUCUCUCUCCUCGAACGGAAUGCGGGUCUCAGUCGACAGAACCUGGUGGACUCGGAACGAAUUCGGUACAUGGAACGGAUCCUUCAGCAUUAUGUUCCGAACAUCUCUUUUGAUAUUCAGUCCCUGCGUAAAACUGCCGAGGAGCUGAAACAUAGACAUCGCCAUUCUUUCACAGAUGCAAGCCCUUCGAUUCGCCUUGAUGAAGAGGAUUUCGAGGAUUUGGCUAUCGACGAUGAGGAUUAUAUGGUGAAGGCUUUACCGGAUAAUACAACACAGUAUUCCGGAGAGUUCUCCUAUUUGAACUUGUCCAUGAAAAUUCGACAGAAGAUAGAUGAAUGGAUGAAAACGGCAGCACCAGAGGCGUCUACUGAAACAGACCCAUUUGAAGAGCGAUGGCGUGCGACACAGCUCCAAUCGGGCUCGUCCUUAGUGUCGGCAUCGGUGACUUGCCUGCCACCACGUUUCGUAGCCGAUUUUCUCGUUCAAAUAUUCUUCAAACACGCGCAGACCAAUAAUUUCUAUGUGGAAGAAGACUGGAUACGAGAGAAGUUGAACAUUUGUUAUACUAACCCAUCAAGCCUGUCGUCCAAUGAUGCCGGCUCCGUAUGUUCGAUACUCAUGAUCCUGGCAGUUGGGACACAGUUUGCUCAUAUGGAAUCGGCCAUUCCCGUCAAUCGGCCGCCGGCCGACCUAUCAUCUAUGGAGGAUCAUCACUUUUCGGAAGAUGAAGUCGGCUUGACUUUUUAUCAAUUUGCUUCGAAGCUGGUUCCGGAUAUCCUUGCAACAGUCUCCAUUCGGAGCGUACAGGCUUGCUUAUUGAUCGGAACUUACCUGUUACCUCUCGACACCUCGGGCCUUUGCUACACUUACUUCGGUCUAGCCCUUAAAAUGGCUAUCCAAAAUGGCAUGCACCGGAGGUACCAGGGUGAAGGACUCUCCCCUCGGAUGAUCGAGGUCCGCAAUCGAGUUUUCUGGACAGCUUACACCAUUGAAAAGCGUGUCAGUAUACUUCACGGGCGACCCGUAUCUUUGUCAGAUUCGGAUGUGGAUGCUGCAAUGCCAGUUGAUUUUCCGGGCUUGAACCCAACAGGGCAGGUCUCAAAUCAUACCAAUAUGGUGACUUUGAUCACUUUAACUCUUAAACUUGGCGAAGUCGCUAACGAGAUGGGUCAACAGCAGGAUUGCGUUGAACGACUACUCAAUUUGCGGAAGAACCUUGUCGAUUGGUGGGCUACACUGCCAGAAGAGACCAAUUGUCGAGAUUUGAACCCCUCAGGACCACUAUUUCGCUCCAAUGUUCACUUGAAACUAGACUACUGCCUGACUCGCAUUUUCCUUGGGCGCCCAUUCUUAUUCAGCAGCAUGAAGAUACUGAAUGCAACCACUCCUCAAGCCCAACCGUUCAAGACACCAUCAGGCGUUUCAAAGAAUAGGUCGACACUUAUCACAGAUUGUGUAGAAGCUGCCCUCGAAAUCAUUAAUCUCUGCCAGCUACUCCGCGAUGAGUCCGGUCUUGCUCGGGCAUCGUUCACUGAAUUCAGCUCUUGCCGUGCCGCUCUCCUUGUUAUCCUCGCACAGAGUUUGACGAAACGAACCGAGCGGUUACGGGAAGCGCUUGAAAAGGGUAUGGUUUUAAUCAAGAUUAUGUCAAUGGGCGUGGGAUCUGCACGCUCUGCUGUUAGUGUGAUUGAGACCCUCGAGAGAGCCAUUCGCCGCCUCGAAGAUUGGAGCGAAAGACAAGCACCGGACAAUACCGGGUCCAUGGAGUCAGCAUAUGAUCGCUUCAAGAAUUGGGAAAUGCUCUGGAAAACUGGACCAAUGUCGCCCGAGCUUGUUCCUUUCCAAGAGCAAUAUCCGGCUGGAAGGAGUAGCAUUCCACCUGUCCCUGUUACUCCAAUGACUGGCACUUCCGGUGGCAACGACCCUAUGGAAGGCGACGUCGCACAUACAGAAAUCACCACAUUAUCGGACUAUUCCGCCUCUCAUGCGGCUUCGUUACCCCAAAUGCCUCGUUUUGGUUUUGAUCAUUUUGUGUCCAACUUCCCGCAAGAAUUGGACGAGUUUACCGCCAUCCCCUGCUUUGAACCCGAUGCGCAGCAAAACCUCUCUAGCGACAUCAACAAUCCGGACACCAAGUGGAUGCAAUUUACCAGUGAUUGA